ACUCUAUAUACCUAGCAUCAGUCAGGCCAGAAUAUUUUUGUCAUUAAUUAUAUAAGAAACCCCAUAAAAAAAUUUAAAAAAAUAUAUAAAAAGAAAAUUAAGAAAAUUAAAAUAAAAAAAUUAAAAGAAUUUUGGAAAAUAAUUGUAGGACCAUUCCAGAGUGUGUGCUGAGGAAGUCGGGGUCCUGCUGGGCAGCUCCAGAAGAGCCUCCAGGAUGAAGCCACAGCCCAGCGCUUUAAAGAAUCUUCGGCCGAAGCUCGGUGGCAGCUGCACUAGUGGUGACGAUGACGAGCCGGAAGUUCCCCCCGCUACACCGUCCCUGACGCCCCUGGUGACCUUUAUCCGAAGCCGUCUGAGGCCACCCAAGUCGCAGAAGUGCAUCUUCUACAGUACGGACUGGGAGAAGUCGGCGCUACUCACCAACUUUCAGAAACGGGGCUGGCUCCAGGUGCCCUCCUUCGGGGGCGAGUGGAACUUUUACUGGGCCUGCACCCAGAACUGUCGGUACAUCUUUGGGAUCGAUCAUCCCUAUAGGAUGCGGUCGGAUCAAAUGAUAAACCACUUUCCCAACUCCAUCGAACUGUCCCGCAAGGAUCUGCUCAUCAAGAACAUCAAGCGCUACCGCAAGGAUCUGGAGCGACGCGGUGAUCCCCUGGCCCAGACCUUGUCUCCGGACACGAAACUGGGGAUCGGAGGAACGCGGUACAAGCACCUGGACAUCAUACCCCUGACCUUUGUCCUGCCCGCCGACUAUCAGCUGUUCGUGGAGGCCUUCCACCAGAGCCCGGUGAGCACCUGGAUCGUGAAGCCCUGCAGCAAGUCGCAGGGAGUGGGCAUUUACCUGGUCAACAAGCUGUCCAAGCUGAAGAAGUAUGCGUACGACGCCAGGACCUUCUAUCCGGCCAUGAACCGGGACACCUGCGUCAUCUCCAAGUACAUUGAGAAUCCACUCCUGAUUGGCGGCAAGAAAUUCGAUCUGCGGCUAUUUGUCCUGGUGACGACCUUCAAUCCCUUGAAGGCCUACCUCUACAACGAGGGUUUCUGCCGGUUCUGCACGGAAAAGUACGACCAGGCCGAGAUCGACAAUGUCUUUAUGCACUUGACCAACGUUAGCAUCCAGAAAACGAACGAGGAGUACAACGCCAUACACGGUGGAAAGUGGCCGCUUCAGAAUCUUUGGCUCUACCUGGACAGCUUACGGGGUGAGGGUGUUUCGGAUAUGUUGUGGCACCGCAUCUCGGACACCAUCCGCCACUCCCUGGACGCAGUGGCUCCGGUAAUGGCCAACGAUCGGCACUGCUUCGAGGUCUACGGCUACGACAUCAUCAUCGACAACUGCCUGAAGCCCUGGCUGAUCGAGAUCAACACCUCGCCCUCGAUGCACUCCACCACCACCAACGACAGGAGUCUCAAGUCGCGUCUGAUUGACAAUGUCCUGGACGUGGUGAUGCCCCCGAACAGUCUUCCAGACGAACACUGGGACAAGACCCCCCAGCCGGAGUUUCUGCAAAACUUCACCGUUCUUAUGCCCAUUCCCCACCAGACGCAUCAAUCGGCGGGAGCGGGAGCGGGAGCCGCGGUGGCCAAUCGAAAGGGCGGGUGCUCGCGGCGCAAGGGGAGAUCCUCAAGAAAGAAGAAACACCCGCCCGCCGAGGGGGAGGAGAUCUCGGCCAGAAAGGGGAAGGACAUGGAGCGAUGA